AAUUCAUCAGGAAUCAGUGUUAAUGCUUCAACACAGGGAGGAUCAAUACAUGUACAGAAAAGUCAGAUCUUUAAUCAGUUGAAGUCACAAAAUUCUUUUAAAUCCCCUCCAGCUAUUUAUACCUCAAAAAGUUUUCAUGAACAGAGUUUAAAUAAACCAAAUUACCCAACAAAUCUUGAUUUACCUAGACAAGGCAAUGCUGUACAAAUAUCCAACACUGAAAGUUGCUACAUACAAGUGAAUGGCCCUAAAGACAAUUUUGAUGGAGAUAUAAGUAACAAUAGUAGAAUAUCCUGGCAGAACAAUACAUUUCGUAGUGACAUUCAAGACAAAAAUAAACAAAACAGACUUGAUGAAGUGGAUGGGGUAGCCCAUAAAAGUAGUGUUAGUUUUUCUCAUAACAAUUCAGUUCAGACUUCUGAAUCUCACAGUGAAGACUUAACAGACAGGUCAGUAAGAAAUUCUGCCAGAGCUUCUAUGUCAGCUGCAGCUAUAUUUAAAAAGAUAAAACUUUCAUCCCCAAGUAAAGAAUUAGAAAGCAUUUCUAUUGAAAACCAGGAAAACCAAGAUCCUGAAUCAAGUUCAAACGCCAGUUCAAAUGAUUAUGGUUAUCCUAUAGAAGUGAAUAUUCAGACUAGGAAGGAGGUAACACAUGUAGGGGCAAUGAAUCGUCAAGAGGACUCUAUACAAGAGGCACCAUUUGAAAGAGUUACGAAUCGGAAUGAUAUAAUGCAGGACCAUGGUUUACAGAUAUGUAAGGAUGAUGAAGAACUGGACACUUCCAUAUACAAACUUUAUAGCUGGAUCAUCAAACCUAUCCCUGAAGUUAAAGGGAUCUGUGUUGAAGGGAAAAAGAAUCCAAAUGAUGAUCAGUUUUUUCAAAGUAGUAUCGUGACAACCCGUAUUAAGAAGAAUGUAGUGAGAACAUUAAAUGGAUCAAAGUAUAGAUUGAUUGGGAAUAUUGAAAAACUUGAUGCUUUGGAUGCAGGUAUUACUGAUGAUGUUGUGAAAGUCUUUAUUAAAGGUUUCCCACUUCAAUGGAAAGCCAAAAUCUCAGAGUACUUUGAUAAGGUGAAAUUUGUUGAUGAGACACAAAAAACACUUGAUGGAGAAAGAGUAGAAGCUGAAGCAGUAAAUGAUAUUGUACUUGAUGAUAAGAUUCCUAACAAGACUGAUCAUCAACAAGAAUCAACAGACAGGAUUUCAAGUGAAAAUGUCCUGACAGACUGGAUUAUUAGACCUAUAGGAACAUCAGAUAUUUGUGUUGAUGGUAAAAAGAGUGGUACAGAAGAAUACUGGCAUAGCACUGCUAUAGAUUACAUCAUAGACAAAAGAACCUUGGUUACAACUUCAGGGACUGUCUAUAAAAUACAGGGUCAAAUAUCCCAGCUGGACAUGUUAGAAUCAGGAUUUUCAAAGAGAGUUAUUAAGAAGUUUAUUAAUGGUUUUCCUAAAUCUUGGAAGAAUUAUGUAAAAGAACAUUUUAAUGGUUUAAGUAGACGUAGUGGGUCAGAGCGUUACUUAACACCCAAAGCACAGAAGCCAGGAACAUCUGAUGUGUCUUCUGAAGUUUACACACCCACUGGGAUGGUGUAUGAAUUGGGCAGUUUGAAGACAACACGGAGUGGAAGAGUUGUUAAACCUACUCUAGCAUGGUGGGCCGGUCAGAGGGUUAAAACUUAUGAUGACAACACAUUUGAAACAACAUACAUUUCAUCACACACUCCAGAAAUAUUGAAAGAAAUGUCUGAAACUUAUAAAGCAAGGCAUCUGAGUACAUCAACAAACAAAAGAGCCAAAAGUUAUAGCAGUGACAGCUCUGUAGCUGAGAAAUCUAAAAGUACAGAUAAAAAAUUGCUAGUGAAAAAUAACAAAAGUGCAAAAGGGAUUUUGGAUAGACAGGACAAGCAAAAAAGAUCAUCAAAACAAGAAAAAAAUGAAACUAAUAGUUGUGGCAAUAAAAACUUUAGAUCACAUGAUCAAUCAGACUCCAGGACCACAGGAUAUAGCAAAACUACACAGAUUUCCUCUUUAAAUAAUAAACCUGAAACUGACGAGGAUCUUGAUAGUUUGGUAGAAGAUUUAGAUAACACUGUCAGACAGGCAAAAUUGAAAAGAAAAACACCUGUGGUAAGAAAAGAUACAUGUUACAGUCGUACAGGCAAAUCACAAAAGAGUUCUAAAAAGACUUCUGAUGAUACAUACUCAGUAGAUUUAGAUCAAGAUUUUGAAGAGGACACCAACGUUAAAGGUCAAAAGUCUAAUUUGACAUCUAAGAAAGGUCAUAAAAGUACAGAUUCUUCAAAAUCAUCUGUAGUGCAAAAUAAGAAUGGUUAUAAGGGUACUAAUUCUAGAAAACUUGAAAAGCAAAGUAAAAAGAAAUUAUCAGACAUUCCGAAGUCACUUAAACAAAGAUCAAAUAAUCAAAGAAAGAAGAAUUGUAUUUCUUCAGAUGAAGAAUCUAGUGAUGAUGAUGAUUUUAGUAAGAAGACUGGCAGUGUUAAGAACUCAGAAGAUUCAGAUCCAGAUUUAGUAGAGGACACAAACAUUAAAGGUCAAAAAUCUAAUUUGACAUCAAAGAAAGGUCAUAGAAGUACAGAUUCUUCAAAAUCAUCUGCAGUUCAAAAUAAAAAUGGUAAUAAGAUUACUGCCUCUAGAAAACUUGUUGAGCAAAGUAAAAAUAAAAGAUCAGAUAUUUCAAAAUUGAAUGAAAAUUUCAAGAAAAAAGAGAUAACUUCAAUGUCACUUCGAGAAAGAACAAAUGAUUAUAAUGAAAGGAUGAAGAUUUGUAUUUCUUCUGAUGAAGAAUCUAGUGAUGAUAAUGAUUUUAGUAAGAAGACUGGCACUGUUAAGGCUAAGAGAACACAAAGCAGGAUUAAUAAACCAUCGGAGAAAUCAAAGGAUGAGCAAGUCAGUAAGAAAAAGACUGGUACCAGUAAAGCAAAAGAUAAACAAAAUAGUGCACAGAAAAUGUCACAAAAUUUGAUUGAGGAAUUAUUACCAUGGUCCAGACAGGAAGUUAGCAUUCUAAAUAAUGCAAUAGCCAGUAUACCAGGAGAUGAUCCCUCUUUUUGGGAGAUUGUCUCAGAGAAAGUUGGUACACGGACGAGUGAAGAAUGUAUUGCAUGGUACUACAAAGAUGUCCCUAAGUCUACAAAGAAAAGAAAAGUCAAUAAUACAGUGAAACCUAAUGAAGUUAGAGCUAUAACAGCAGGGAAAGGUACUCUAAAGAGAAAACAACAGCUUAGAGAUCUGAUAGAACACCAUAAUGAUGGCUAUGAGGAUGAUUUAUUUGAUUCUACUCCAUAUAGGAACCAAGGCAAUGUUAAGGUACCAAAACUGAUGGAUGACAGUGAUGGUGACAUAUUUGAAGAGAUGUCCAGAAAACAUCCACACCUUCUCAACAAGAUAUACACACCACUGACCAGGGUCCACCUCGAUCCAGUCUCAGAGAAAAAGACACCAGCUACCUCCUUAGAAAGUCCCUGGACUAAUAUUGACAGGAAAGAUGCUGAUCAUUACAUCCAUCAGCUGCAGAAGAGACGUCAAAUGAAGGGGCGUAAAAUAUUAGAUAAAUCUCAAACCCCUGUCAACAAGAAAUACCAAAAAACAACAGCAUCACCCACCAAGAAUUUGUUUGGAAAGUCAUUUGACAGCCAGAGCUUGUUCAUGGAUGAUGCAAGCUCUUCGGAAAAUCAUGACAACUCAGAAGAAGAAGCUGAUUAUUAUUUCUCUGACAUGGAAAAUUGAUUAUAAGGAGGAUUCAUUUUUUACUCAUACACUUUUAUUUCACUGUGCAAUCAUUUUAUUUUUCUUCUGGCAUUUAUCUUAAAUUUUAUCUAGAUUUAUCAACAGUCAUAUUUAUUUUGUAUACAAAUGCAUUCAUGUUCUUACAUCCUGAUUGUGUACAGUAUAUGAGCAGUAUACGAGUCCCAAACUGAGUCAGUUAUUCUACAGUAGCAUCAACUUUAAUAAGUUUUCAUUCAAGGUGUGUUUAUGAAGAUUUAAUAAUGAUAGACCAUUGAUAUAUUAUAUGCUAUUGCAUUAGCAGACUGCAAGGAGAUAUGAGGCUUCACCCUUUAAUAAUAUUUGAGCGACAUAAUUUUUUUUACUUUGUUCAAAUGUAUAGUUUUCUGAUAAAGUGUGUUUAUAAUGCAAUGCUUAUACCAGACCAUUAAUAUUUGGUAUGGUGUUGCAGCCCCAUUUCUGCAUUUCAUCUUUAAAGAGAAAACGGCUUUUCCCUCAAAUGUUUAUGUAACUUUUGAAGUUUUACAUUGUUCAAAUGUUAGGUGUCUUAAUUAAGUGUAUUUUAUGGCCCUCAGACUUAGGUUGGGGCCAUAUAUUUUUACCCUUAUCUGUCAUUCCAUCAUUUCGCAGCGAACAGUUAUACAGACUUUUAUUCCAAAUGCCUUCACAUAUUGAUCUGAUUUUUAGUAUGUGAGUCUACAAUGAUGAGUUACAGAUUGAGAUCACAUUUGCUUUUGCUCCACUGAUUUUUGUAGAAAUUAUGGGCUUUGGACGUUGAAAAUUUUGUAAAAAUAACAGUUAUACAGACUUUUUUUUCUAAACGCCUUCACAUAUUGAGCUGAUUCUUAGUUUGUGAGUCUACUAUGAUGAGUUACAUAUCGAGUAUACAUUUGGUCGGCUCCACUGAUUUUUGCAAAAUUAGGGGCUUUGGACUUUCCACUCCCAAGAAGACUUCAAGCUUUUUUGCAAGCGGGCCACUCGUGUCAUUCAGACACAUCUAGUUUUAGAAAGUUUUCCAAUAGACCAUUGAUAUUUGCUUUGUUAUUGCAUUCAAACUCAUGCAUUUCAGUUCCACAAGCAGUAUAUUAGGCCCCACACAUUCAGUUACUUUUGCAUUUUUCAUUUCUUUAAAUGUUUUUCAUUAAGUUAAACAUCAUUAGAUUAGUUUAGUCAUGCUCCACUAAAUUUGAAGUAAGUAGUGUACUACAUUAUUCUGGAAAGGUGAAAUGAAAGACCUACCAAUUAGUUAGUAUUUGCUUUAAUGUUUCUCUGCACACAGUGUUUAUUUGUAAGACUAAAAACUAACUGGUUAAGAAUAAUAAUUUUAAAUACACCACUCAAUUUGUCAUUGUUACAGAUUUUUGAUAGAUGAUUUUAUAAGUACUUGGUUAUAGACACCCAGUAAUAUGGCAAUUUAUCCAAUUACUGAUUUAGAUGAUAAAUGUAUUAGACAUAUUCUAAUAACAGUUUUGUUUAUGCUAUGAUUCAUUAUGUUAUACAAUUACUUACUCUGAAAUAAGUUGCGAUCAUGAUUUUAACCCCUUAAAGAGACAAAGACAAGGUGUAUAAAGCUGUUAAAGGGUAGGUAAAUUCAAGUUGCAAUUCAUUAAUUCAUUACUUGCUUAUAUCAACCUUGUCUGCCCAAGAAUAGGUCAAACUUGUCAAUGUUAUGAGAAUUUAAGGUCAAAAUUAUUAUCAAAUGUUCAAAUGUAAUGACUUGCAUUAACUUGUUUCCCCAUUUUCAUUCUUACUUCAAUUUCUUUCAUCAAAUCAACAGAAUAACUUUUUUGUCCCAAAUUAAUUUAUACAUUAAUAAAUAUAUUUUGUAGUUUUUGUCUUACCUGCGACAAAGUUGCAGAAUGUGAGACAUAAUGAUACUAACCUGGCAGCAUUGGAGUUUGUAGAAAGCUUUUAAUAUCAGAAAUUAUAACUCUUAAGCUGGAAUACCGAAGCCCUUAUAGUCUAAGGAUAAGGUCUUCCAUAAAUCUGUUGUCUAUGUCCUCAUUUUCAUGGUACAAUGACAGCUUAAAAAAAAAUGUAUUAUUUUUGUCCCCCGCGUAUGCAUUAAGGGGGACAUAGAAAUACCGAGCGUCCAUCCGUACGAUCUUGUUAGCGCUCUCAUGUGUACAGUUCUUGCCAGUUUUUCAUGAAACUUAUAUCAAAGGUUUGUAUUAGCAAUGUCUUGGACGAGUUUGAAAAACAGUGCAGAUCAAUUAUUUUUAAAAGAGUUAUGACCCUUAGAAACAUUAAUUAUAUGGAAAGUUGCAUCGUUAGCGCUCUCAUGUGAACAAUUCUUAACAGAUUUUUAUGAAACUUAUAUCAUAGGUUUAUAUCAGCAAUAUCUUGGACGAGUUUGAAAAUCAGUGGCUGUCAAUUUUUUUUAAAAGAGUUAUGCCCCUUGGAAAUAUUGAUUAUAUGGAAAAUUGCAAUUUUAGCACUCUCAUGUGUACAAUUCCUGCCAGAUUUUUAUGAAACUUAUAUCAUAGGUUUAUAUCAUCAAUGUUUUUGAUGAGUUCGAAAAUCAGUGCCGAUCAAUUAUUUUUAAGAGUUAUGCCCCUUGGAAAUAUUGAUUGUAUGGAAAAUUGCAUUGUUAGCACUCUCAUGUGUACAAUUCUUGCCCGGUUUUUAUGAAAUUUAUAUUACAGUUUAUAUCAUCAAUGUCUCAGACAAAUUAAAAAAAAUCAGUACCGAUCAACUUUUUUAAAAGAGUUAUGUCCCUUGGAUAUAUUGAUUAUAUGGAAAAUUGCAUUGUUGUACAAUUCUUGCAAGAAUUUUAUGAAACUUAUAUCAUAGGUUUAUAUCAGCAAUGUAUUUGAAAAUCAGUGCUGAUCAAAUAUUUUUAACAAGUUAUGCCCCUUGGAAAAAUUAAUUAUAAUGGAAAUCGCAUUGCAUUUGCUCUGAAGCCUUCAUUUCUCAAAGAAAUUUAUAAAUUGUUUUAUUUAGUUAUUGACCUUGGAUAGAUAAAAUAUGUGCAAUGCGGGGGACAUUGGAACUAUGUUCUUUUAUAUCACAUGAUUUUUUCUAAUAUCAUCGGUAGAAGGACAACCAAAUUUGGUGUAUAGAACAUUUCUAUCACACUGGGUUCGUCAGAUUUUAGAUCUUGCCCUCAUUUUUAUGGUUUAUUGGUCAUAGUUAAGUUUUCAUAAUUAGGUCCAUUUCUCAGAUACUAUAUAAAAAAAUGAAGACACGAUAGAUACCAAAGGAACAUUCAAGGAAAUAUAAGGUAUUGUCAAUUCUGUAAUGUGUCUUUAGAAUACUUGUACAUGUCCAUCUGACAAGGUUUAUCUGACCUGGAUAUCAUUUUCAUGGUUCAUUAAUUAUGUUCAGUUGAUUUGAUAUCUGUAUUAAACCUUCAUCUCAAAGACUUUCAACAUCAAUUGAAAUCAAUCAGUAAUGCAGUCAAGACUCUUCAGCAUGUUCACUUUUGUUUUAAAUUUGUUUUUGUAAAAAAGUUUUAUAAUUUAUUUUUAAGAAUGAUUCAUUUAAAUAUACAGUAAACAGGUGUCCUGCAAAUUAAUUUUACAAUGAAUUUGUUGUCAUUUUUUAUUGUUAUUCUAUAAUUGUUACAUGUACAGUGUAAAGAAUCAACUUUUAUAUGUAUAUAGUGUAAUUUACGACUAAUGUAAAAAUUGUGGACUUUAAAAUUGAAUAUUAUCUAUUAUAUGUAAUAUUGUAUGAUACAAUCGUAUAAUCAUUCUACAGUAAAACCUUCAUCCUAAUUGAUUUUGGUGAUGGCUUAAGCUAGAUUCCGCUGCAUGAAAAUCUCAUUCAAAGACCUUAUAUUAUAUCCCCACUCUAGGAAUGUGGGCUAUAUUGUAUUCACCUUGUUCGUCUGUAUGUAUGGUACCUCUGUAUAGAGUGGCUUUAUAUUUGGUCAGCAGCUUAAAAGUGAUGACUUGUAAUGUGUGAGCACUUCUCAGGUCUGUAAGACACCUUUUUCCUGUUUGCCAAUACUUUGAAUUUUUUUAUUAUGUUAAAUGAACUUAAAAUUUUUCAUCACUCUUUUAACAGGUACUAAUAAACAGAAUUACUUCCUGUUAAGUCUGAGCUUGACAGUGAUAAGUUGUAAAGUGUUAGCCCUUUUCUGAUCUGUCAUACACCCAUUUUCUGUGUGUGUAUAUUUGAUCAGCAUCUAUAGUGAUGAGGCUUAACGUGUUAGCACUUUUUGGAUUUGUCAGACACCUAUUUCUUGAUUUCAGAUACUUUAAAUUACAAGUGAGGGUAUGCUUACCAUUACAAUGCAUGCAUUCUAGUUCAAAAUUGUUUUUUUUCCCUGAUAUAUUUUAGUGUCAACAAAAUUAUAAAGGAUGUGGUUGAACUUGAAAAUGGUCACACAAAAUAGUAUUAAAAAGGUAUCUGCUUUAUUACCAGGUUUUUUAUAGUGUAAGGGUAGCAAAGGUCUUUGUGAAAAAAACUGGUCACUUUAACCUUCAUUUAUGUAUAAAUGUCUUGUUGAGUUUUAUUGAUUGAUUAAUGGUUGCUUACCGUCCAGUGGCAAAUAGUGCAUGCAUGUUCAGGACGAAGUUAUGUUAAUGUUUUAUAUUAAUGUCCAGAUCUAAGGGACUACUGUUUUAUAGGAAUAAUAUCUUGUCAGUAGGUAGAGCUUUUUAGAAUGUUUCAUUUUAGAUUAACAAUUGGUAUAGCAUCCUAUUUAUGAUUAGGUAUUUAGAUAGGAAUGCACACUCCCAUAUACAUGACAGUCUGGAUGGGUUUUAUAGAAUAGAGAUUAACAGGCAAAAAAUAAUGUAGAGAAAAAAAUAAAAGGAAUUUAAAGAAUACAGACAGAUAGAACCCGUCUAUACCCUCAUAAAUUCAGUGAUAAAGCAACUAAUUGUUUGGUUCUGCUGCACUUAUGUAUUUCUGUUGUAUCUUCAAAUUAAGUUUUCAACAAAAAAAAAUCAUUGUUAAGAGAACUAACUAUUUCACAUUUUGUCAUGUUAGGCCUUUUAUAGUUCACUAUAUGGAUUUUGCUCAUUAUUGCCUAUAGUUGCUUACCAUACAUUUUCAUUAAUUGGACUAUGGUUGAUUGUUGUCUCAUUGCCACUCAUACCAUAACUUCUUACCAUUACAAUGUAUUGUGAAAUGACAUUGCCUAAUAAUAAUUAGAUUUAUCAUGUGCUGUUGAGCAUCUAUAUAGCCUUAACUGCCGUCGCCAAUGUUAUAGCUUACACCAAUCUCACUACUAUAAUAUUGGAAUGAUAAGUGUGACAAUGUAGUUGUUAAUAGAUGCACUGGAAUUAAAUGUGAAAAAAAUUCUCAGAAAAGUGAUUUUACUUCGUUCUUAAGUUUUUUUAUUAUUGUUUUAUAAUUCCAUGAAAUGUAAUUGCUUUACAAUUUUAGGACACAUGUCAUCUAGUGAAAGACUGCUUUUUAAUAAAGCUUAAAACAA